CGUCGACGUUGUGAGGGUUUCUUGCUUUGGGGUCCUGCUGCGGGAACGGAGAAGCCGAAGGAGCUAUUUGGAUUUUUUGCGUUUCAAAAACCAGGACCCUAGUUUGACCUUUGCUGGGGCUUGAAAGCUAAAACCUUUGAACCUGUGCAGACUGUGAAAGGCGACAACGUCGAACGGAAAAAAGAUAACACAGUCAGCUCCGUUUGCCGGUGGUGCCAGUGCCUUUUCCAACGCUGCUUCCUUUCUGCUUUGUCGAACAGUUGUGGCUGCGCAUCCACAGGCCAAUUCUUCGCUGGUACUGCUCAACUUGAUCGAUAGCCCCCGAAAAAGAGUUGCGGCCCGAACAGUGCGCAGUAUUAGCACGUGUGACAAAGUAAAACGUCAACUUGGAUACCUUUCAAGGAUAUUGGCACUGGGUUUGAUAUGGCGGCGGAAUAUCUUCCCCAUCCACAGGCAAGAGGACAGGUAGACUUGGGGCUAUCAAAGCGUCUACAUAUUCAACAGCCAAAGCGACCACAUAUCAGCACUGGGAACGACAAGUCCUCUGACAUGUUGUCAGCUAGCGAUAACCCACAGGGUUUCCGCUCGCUUGAUGCACGACCACUUCCCUACGAGGUUCCUCCGAUCGGAGUGCACCAAAACGAUACGGUUAAACAAAAGACUGUGUCCGUUCAGUCACACCAUCCAUCGCCACCUGCUUCACCGUCACCAACUACGGCAUACCCGGGACCAGCCCUAGACUCUAACCUGCAACUUCCCAGUACUCCUUCGUAUGCCAAGAAGGGUAAAUCUGCCAACAUCAGUAGACCGAACGUUAAUAUCAACAUCACGUACAGCACAAAUUACAACCUCAAUGUCGGAGGUGGCAGAUUCGACUCAUUCCUUUCCUCACCGGUCAAAAAGAGCUUCGUAGGCAGUACGCUCACUCGUCUACAGCGACUAGCGACGCCCUCUAUCAAUCGGGACACUAUCAAGUUCUGUCUCUUCUGUAGUCUGUGGUACUCCUCAUCAGCGCUCACCAAUAACACGGGGAAACAGAUUCUAAAUCACUUCAAGUAUCCUGUGACGCUGACAUACAUACAAUUUGGAUUUGUGUCGGGGCUGUGUUGGUUGAUGAGUCGAAUGGGCGCUGUGGGAGCCAUUAAACGACCCAAUCGUGGAGUAAUCAGUCAAGUACUCCCUCUUGCCAUCUUUCAAAUUGCUGGCCAUAUUUUUUCGUCAAUGGCUAUCUCGAGGGUGCCUGUUAGUUUUGCGCAUACCAUAAAAGCACUCUCCCCGCUGUUCACAGUGUUCCUCUACCGUGUAAUUUAUCAAGUCUUUUACGGCCCCAAAGUGUACCUCUCCUUGCUCCCAUUGACACUAGGUGUCAUGCUCGUCUGCAUGAGCGAGUUGACAUUCAAUAUGGUCGGCUUUCUCUGUGCCUUGAUAUCAACCCUCAUCUUUGUCGUACAAAACAUAUUCUCCAAAAAGAUUUUUACAGAGAACAGCGGAGGCGGGAGCAACAAGCUAGACAAGAUCAGUUUGCUGUUUUAUUCUUCCGGUCUAGCCUUUCUGCUCAUGGGUCCGUUAUGGCUUUCUUCGGAUGGAUGGGGCUUUCUUUUUGGACCGUCGUCGGACCGAAAGGUGGCAUCAUGGAUGAGCCACCGUAUACCCAUGCUCUUUCUUCUCAACGGAACGACACAUUUUGCGCAAAAUGUCAUCGCUUUCCAUCUCCUCUCGCUUGUAUCGCCCGUGACCUACAGUGUAGCGAGUCUCAUCAAACGUAUUUUUGUUAUAACCGCCAGUAUUAUCUGGUUUGCGCAGCCGGUGGAUGCGAGACAGGGGGCUGGGAUCCUAUUGACGUUUUUUGGCCUGUGGGUUUAUCAAGGGGCUAAGCGAGAAGUUGGGAAGGGGGAGGAGAAGCUGGUGAAAGUAAGGGAAGUGUUACCCCUUAGUAGGAAUGGGAAGAGCUCGAUAUAGAUGUUAGUUUUGUACAUUUGGGUUUGCGGAUGGGCGUGGCACCAGCUUUCCUUGCCUUCGUAUUGUGCAUCUUGCUUGUUUUUGGGGACAAUAGACACUAUUUAUGUAGGAUGUAUUUAAAGCGAGAGACAUCUCUCCUGUGCAGGGUAGAUUGCAAAGACAGAGAAUACAUGGACCCUACGACACAACAGAAA